AUGCAGCAGCAUACACCAGGGUCGCCUCAGCAGGCCAGGGUACGACGCACUCGUAUAAGUUUUCCUGUGAUACACAUUGACCAACUGAGAACAGCCAAAGCUCUAGUGGCCAAGGCUGUAAAGGAAAAGAAGGUGUUCUCAGUGCAGGGGCCGUACCCUGUGAUUCGCGCGGCCCUCAGGGCCAGAGGCUGGGUAGAGCGUCGGCUGCCUCGCCACACCACAUUGUGUCAUCGUCAUGGAGACCAAGAGGCUGAGGCGACGGAAGAAACUGACAGCAGCAAUGAUGAUGGUAACAGGUUAUUUGACCGAGGACAGGAUGGAGACCAGGAGGACGGUGCUGAUGACAUCUACAACCUUAUGUCUCGUCUCGUGCAAAAGGAAUUGACAUAUUUCUACUGGACUACAAGGAGCGACGCAGUUGACCAUCUGUCCUUGCAAAAAGACCAGAUGACUAAUCACUACGCAAAAGCAGGAGCCUUCGCCACCAAGGUGGGCUUGUGUAUGAGUUUGAGAAAUCUGCAGUGGUACGACUCGACAGACCCUGACACAUUCUUUCCACGCUGCUACCGGCUGGGAGCGGGGGAUGAAAAGCAAGCGUUCACUGAUGAUUUUAGACGUACUGCGUGCACAAGCCUGCUACGGUAUGUUGUAGAGAGCGCUGAAGGGCAAGUGGAGGAUGACAGAACGGGCAAAAUCAAUCAUGUUAAAAAGCCGCAGGGUCUGGGCAAGCAGCGUAAACUGAAAGCCAGGCAGAAGAUUGGAGUUGGAUUAAUCGAGACGGCACUGCGUGCAUGUCAGGAAUAUCUAAACAGCCGGGAACACUGCGACAUAGAUAUCUCUCUGGAAACUCCGCCCACUCUCUCAGAGCAAGAGUGGACAAACUUUAUCCACAGCUACUACUUGGUCAUUCAUGAUGGCAUGAUAUUAGAGGGAUGUAGCGAGUAUGCAGAGCGCUGUCAGUCCAUGCUAGCCCAAAUGCGAAAGGUCUGUUCACAGCUGGAGACUGAUGGAGUCAAUAAUAUCUGGAUUAUUAAACCAGGGGCGAAAUCAAGAGGCAGGGGUAUAGUGUGUAUGAACAGGCUAGAUGAGAUCCUGGGUUUAGUCGACAGAGAUCCGACUCUGAUUAACGACAGAAAGUGGGUGGUGCAGAAGUACGUGGAGCGCCCCCUGCUGGUCUACGGCACUAAGUUCGACCUGCGCCAGUGGUUCCUGGUGACGGACUGGAACCCUCUCACGGUGUGGUUCUACCGGGAGUGUUACCUGCGUUUCUCCACCCAGCUCUACUCCACACACAGACUGGAUAGCUCUGUCCAUCUCUGCAACAACUCCAUACAGAAAUAUUUCCAGCCGAGUGCAGGUCGUGACCCAUCGCUGCCUGCUGAGAGCAUGUGGUCAUGUACUGAGUUCCGCUUCUGGCUCUCGGCCUCGGGGCGUGGUGAUCUGUGGGAGGAAGUGGUGCUUCCAGGCAUGAGACGGGCCGUGAUCCAGACGCUCCUGACGGCGCAGGACAGCGUGGAGCCACGUAAGGCCAGCUUCGAGCUCUACGGAGCAGACUUCAUCCUGGGGUGCGACCUCCACCCCUGGCUGCUGGAGGUGAACGUCAGCCCCACCAUGGCCUGCUCUACGGCCGUCACUGCCCGACUCUGCCCUGCCGUACAGGAGGACACACUGCGUGUGGUGCUGGAUCGACGCCACAACCGCAACACCAACAUUGGAGGCUUCCAGCUCAUAUACAAGCAGGCACCAGUGGAGGUUCCUCAGCAUUUAGGUAUCAGCCUUCUGGUGGAAGGAGCUCAAAUCAGACAUCCACAUUCGUCUCGUGCUAAAACAUUCAUCAGGUCUUAUUAUGGAUCUCUACACAAAUCACGACGUGUUCUCCAACCUCACACUCGUCCUUCAGGUAAGGAGAACCAGUGUGAGGAGGAGGAGGAGGAGGAGGAGGAGCAGGAGAAGAGGACCUGGCUACCCGUCCCCACCCGAAAGGUCACAAUGGAGAGAUCUUUAACUUUACAACCUCUGAUGGCGAAAAGAUGCCCGAGACCAGCGUUACCCUCCUCCUUAGGUCCUCUUCCUAAAUCUUCUCACUAUCAUCACCUUCACACUUCACACACAUGCACACAUCAUACACAGGUACACGCAGAGCCAACACACACUCACAGGACACAGAGACGCCUGCUCUCCCUGAACCGAGUCGAACCCUCGCUGGAGAUAAUUUGUCGACAGCAUGGAGUCUCACACAAGAGCUGGUGCCACCAGAUCACACACACUGUCGACAUGUCUCACCCAGUCAUACGCACACACCAGUACUUCUCACUGCCUCACCGGCAAAACACAGAGAGGUACAGAAACAAAGGACACAUGGAAAUCCAUCAACCAACCAACAACGCACUGAUGUGUUCAACAAGUCGUUUAUUUGUAUAG